AUGCGUUAUUCAUGCUAUGCUCUUCCUAUCCUAGCGGCCAACCUGGCCGCUGCUCUGCCCUUANNAGCGAUCGACCUGUCCAUGGUCAUGGACACUCCCGANCCAACAUAUUCUGAGGCUGUGGGUGCUGCUGCUCAGACGAUCACCUAUGAUACUGCUUCCCUCAUAGCCGUCGCUAGUGCCGCUGCCUCAUCUGUCAGCAUCGCGGUUAGCGAUGUCUUGUCCCAGACUGCAAUUAUCUCAAAGCGAGCAGCGGCUACUACCACCUGCGUGCCCCAACUUACUGGAGCGACUUCAGCCCCCACCUACUCCGCGGGUGAUGACAACGCAGCCAAUUUUCUUGCGAAUACCUACUAUGCCUCUGUUGCUUCCGCAGCUCCUACUCCCUCUGGCUACGACCAAGCUUUUGUAAAUCAGCAAGCUUCAUGCAAUGCUCGAUGCACCGAUAAGAAUGGCUGCGUUUCGUUCAACAUGUACUUUGAGCGCGAUCCCUCCGGUCCGGUAUCUCAAGACAACGCUGUGAACACGGGGUACACAUACAAUGACUUUACUGUCGUUAUUGCUGGCUCUAACGGUUAUGUCACUACUCAAAUCGAGACACCUGCUGGAUACCAGGCUGGCACUCCCUAUGGUGACUUCGCUAUCAAUGCGCCGUAUGAUGCUCAAGGUUACAACACUUUCAUGGGCGCCAGAAUCUUUACCUCAACUUGGGAAGUGGCUACCUGCGCAGCAUAUUGUGACUCCCAAACUGCUUAUAACAAGGCAACAGCCCCGACCGAUGGUACCCCUUACAAGAUCUGCAACUUCUUCAACACCUAUGUGUUGACAGAAUACAUGGCCAACGGCACUGUCGUUCCUCAAGGACAGUACUGCUCUCUAUAUACCGAAGCCUGGAACAGUACAUACGCAGUCAACGGCGGACAAUGGUGGGGAGACAACCAGUAUCUUGUCAGCUACAGCUUUGGCUAUCCUAAGCUUGAUCCUGGCAUCGAUCCAUCCGUUGGUGAUGCUGUGGGUGCAGAGCAUCAAGCUGUUGCCGACAUUGAAUGGGCUUCUCUCCAGCCAUUCUGCUCUUCGUAUCUCGGUUACACGGCGCAAACUACGACUGUCACAACCACUACUACGAGCACUUUGGGAGCCACUUCUACGAUGCCGCAAACGACGACAAACGCAGCUCAAAAUCAGCCAACAGCUCAAAAGCAGAAGCGUGCUCUGUCCACACCAGAUGUUUUAACCAAGUACCCGGCCACGAUCGUGUCUUCUGCUUGCCAGCUUCAAGCUACACACCCAGCGCCGUCUACAAUUGUCGUCACUGUCACGACGACUACAAUCGCCACUGCCACCUAA